GGCUUGCGGUGGAACCUGCUCAGCUACCUAGAAGGGCUUUGCUAGUGCUGCCCCAGUAGUGUAUAUGCAAGUGGCCGUAGUAGCACAAGCCAUUCAUGCUUCUCCAUGCAUGCAUACUCAGGCCCCCAGGUUAUUUGCGAGUGCCUCUGUGACAGAAAACAAUCGAUUGCUAUCAAAGCUAAGUACAGAUGGUCGCCCCUUCUAUUAGGGCCAUUUGCCGGCGAUCGGAAGCGUAUGCAAACGAUUAUAUCCAUGCGUUGGCACGCUAUCCUGCAUGUCGCACCCGGUGUUAGAUAGGUACUCUCGCUGAAUAUCAUCGUCUGGUUCCCUUUUUGCUAUUCCCCAUUCUUCGAAUUUUCCGACUCAGCCGUCCGUUAAAACUGUAGCACAAUACAACAACCCGGUUGCAAUAACCUUCCUAUUCUCUAGCGGUGAGGAAUACAGACUUGGUCUUUUGAUGUUAAUCACUAUGAAUUCGGGGCAAUACCGUCAUCGACCUCAGAACCACGGCUUGCCUCUGGAUUACCCAUAUGGGGACAGCUUGGGGUCUUCAAUGCAAUCAACGCAACAUAUGGUCUCAUUUGAUGGUUCCUCCCGGAGUCGACCUGAUCAACCCUUUGUGGUCAACCCUUCAGCGACUUUACCUGUCAACAACUUUGGUCUCACUUCCCCGAUGACGAGCCUCCCACAAUCUUCGACCAUUUGGAGUGACCCAAACAACUCUCAGAUGAGCUUUGAUGAUCAAACCACCACCAACAACUACUACGGCUAUUCAGCAGUUGUUACAAGUAGUGAACAAGACAAUAGUUUGGUGCGAGGAAUCAACUUCGCAGGCGUUCCUCGUACUUGGCCGCCAUACGAUCCAAGGAUGCUUAACAACACGGACGUAUUCGAACAUUCCUAUAUGAUGGAACCCGACAAGAGGAAUGUUCACAAUACAUCGGACGAAGAUCCUUUUGUGACUAAAGCAACAUCAUAUGUGCGGAUGAGUAUGAGCCAAAGUCCAAAGGUGGAAAACGACCACCAGGAGCCACAUCUCUCCCCAACCAAAGAGACAGGCGACUCAGAUGAUGGGGGCCGCAGUUCUCGUGAAUUAACUGCGAUGGAUGUUGAUGAGCACACUACAGACGAACCUUACGCAAAACUUAUCCACCGGGCUCUCAUGAGUGUGCCGUCCCACUCUAUGGUUCUACAGGAGAUAUACCAGUGGUUUCGAGAAAACACUGGCAAAGGCAACGGGGGACCAGAGAGUAAGGGAUGGAUGAAUAGCAUUCGUCACAACUUAUCCAUGAAUGCUGUAAGACAAUGAAUCCAUGAAUCUUUGCAACUUUGAGUAACUGGCUAACUCAAACGAGGCUUUUAAGAAAACGGAGCGCAAGUUACCUGGCGAUGACACCAAAAAGUCUACCGAGUGGGUGCUUGAAGACUUCGCGAUUAAGGAUGGCGUCCAGUCUACUACGCGAUAUCGCAAAGGCACAGGGGCAAAGAGGUUCAUGAGAUCAGACAAUCCGACUCCAUCUCGCCAAAGCUCUGGGCGAAAAGGGGGGAUAUCCGCCUACAAAAUGAAGAUGCAAAGGCGAGCAGUUCGGGACCGAAAUGACCCCAGACGCUCUUUGCAUAGACAUGACAUCCUUUGCUCACAAUACUCUUAUCCCGCGCAAGCUGGCAUGCAGAGACAUAGUUCUCCAUCAACACCUCCAAAUAAUGAAAUGGCCGGUCCAACUCCGUACUUCCUUCCCAAGACGGAACCAGUUGAGCAACCUUUCGAUGAGGUUGUUCGUGCUCUGCAGGAUGUUCAAGGAGUUUACCACGACGAUGCACCUCUGUUCACACAUCAGCACCAUGGCCAUUACUAUGAUGGUCUCCCAAGUCAAUUUUGA